GUGAGUUUCAUAACCUGAUAGACCGGAAAAUCAAAGACAACAUUAAAUGUAGCGUGAGCUGUUGUAUCCCAAAUGAGCAACAAUAUUUAUCAUUAAUCCAGAUAAACGGAAUGACAAAAUAAUGGAUAACAGACUCCCGGGAACAGACCUGGCGAAUAUAACGCCAUAACGAGUACUUUGUAAUUCGUGACAAUGUAUAGUAAUUCAGUAAUGAACGUGAAAAAGAAGUUGGAAUUUUCAGAUAUGGAUUUGAUUUUGGUAGCGGUGCUUUUCAUCACUACAAUCGAUGCUACAAUGGUGGACAUUGGCAAUGAGAUUGUCACAAAUAUGAGCAUUAUCCUAGAUAGACCGUUAGAUACAAAGCCCUUUCUGGAUAAUAAUCUAUUUUUCAACACAAGUGGUCAUAUAGUUUCUUUCUAUGCAAUACUCCACAACACAAAUGCAAUUCACUUCCAAAUAUGGCGUCCCAGGGAUGACCGAAAUGAGUCUUAUCAGCUAGUGGGCGAGAUGAGGCAUGUGCCAGUUGAAGCAGGAUCCCAUCUUCAACAUAUUCAACUUACCCCGUGUGAAUAUAUAAAAGUAAAAUAUGGGGAUAGGCUGGGGUUUUCUUAUGCGAAGGACAGUGGACCCUUAACCUACCUAUUUCUCACAUCUCCUGGUCAGUCAUCACUAUACCAAUCAAGGGAUAGACUCAAGACGCGACCACUAGAGGGUGACAAGGUCAAGUUUGACAAACUUCCAAACCCUUUCAAGUUUAAUUUUGGGGCAAGAGUUGAUACAGAUGCUCCAGCCGGUCCACAGGGUCCUGCCGGUCCCAGAGGUUUAGCUGGGGCAGCUGGGACAAAUGGUAGAGAUGGCAGCGACGGGCUACCUGGUCCACCGGGCCCCCGCGGUAGUGCUGACCCUGAAGUGUUACGGUCUGUGAUGUACGAAGCAUGUUCCUGUGAGGAUAUAGAUGGCAUCUUCAACAAAGACAUGAUAAUAAUGUUGCUCAUUUGGUGCGGUGUUUUGAGUUGUGUGAGCAUCAUUCUUUUCCUAGUGAUGUGUUGUAUGUGUGCUGCAAUCAACAAGGACAGACGAUCACAAAGCCAAACAACAGAAGCAUAUAUUAUAGACCCCAAGUCAUAAGACACAAAAUGCGCACAAUUGGGCAAAAACUUUUCAUUUUUAUAUUCAUGUAUUCUCUGUUUUGUUAUAAAUUAUGAAAACAAAAUAGAUUAUGAUAAAGCGAUUUUUAAUUUUCACCCGACGUUCUUUCCCCUCAAAACAACUACUAUUGCAAGUCUUACAUUUCUGUCGCCCAUUUUGAAUACACGCCUUAUGCACAAGGAUAGGCAAAUAGAUAAUGGUCAUUAUCCCAACGAACGAAGUUUGAGAGGAUAUAACAAAGCUCUCUCACCGUUCGUUCGUUUGUCUGUCAGGGCGAUAACUCAAAUACCACAAUAGAUUAAUUAAUGAAUAAAUCUACUGAUUGCGGAAUAAA